AUGGCAUCUCGGAGAGGCUCGAGCUGCUCGGCACCCGCCUCGGUGCCCGGAGGGGCCGCCGGGUCCCACUCGCUUCACAGCCCGGGCCCUGCCAGUGCAGGCGCUGCGCCUCCUGCCCCUUCCGCGUGCCGCUUACAAGUGGUCCGUGCUGUGGUUUUGGCACCCGCGAGGGAUGCGGGUUACUGCUGCCUUGCGUACGAUGCAGCUCCGCUUGUGCGCGUGGCCCGCGUUCACACCACCCGCGGUCACACGGCCCUGCCCUUCCCCUGGACCUUCCUGCGCGCCGGGACAUCGCGCAGCUGGGCGAACCCGGCAGGAAAGCCUCGGGUAUCGCGAGCCGGGGAGAGCCCGGCGUGGGCCCGGCUGAGAGACGGCGUGUUGUUCUUCCAGGCGAGGCAUCUGUACAUCUGUGACUUCCACAAAAACUUAAUUCAGAGCGUGAGAAACAGAAGGAAGAGGAAAGGCAGCGAUGACGACGGCGACUCGCCGGUGCAAGACGUCGACACUCCAGAGGUUGAUUUGUAUCAGUUACAAGUAAACACACUUCGAAGGUACAAAAGACACUUCAAGCUACAGACCAGACCGGGACUGAACAAAGCACAGCUUGUUGAAAUAAUUGGCUGCCAUUUUAGGACAAUUCCAGUGAAUGAAAAGGACACCUUAACAUAUUUCAUCUACUCGGUGAAGAAUGACAAGAACAAACCAGAUCUAAAGAUGGAUAGCGGGGUUCAUUAGACGGAAAAGGUUGGGACUGAGACUCAGGCCGCAAAUCAAAAAGACUGAGGGUUUUUGUUGAUAUGCAAAAGCUUUCUUUGUAACUUUUUCCCUGCAGAGAGUUUGUCUCUGUUUUAUUUUUCAUAACCUUGCUGAUUUGUUUGAAAACCAUCUCUUAUGAAACAAAUUUCCUCAGCAAAAGUAUUUUAAAUAAAUAUCACUGAUAUCGUUGCUCAA